AUGCUGGCCGAGCUCAAAGCCAUCUUCCCCAACGGUCUGUUCCAGGGGGAUAACUUCAGAAUAACCAAGGCUGACGCUGCCGAGUUCUGGAGAAGGUCGUUUGGGGACAAGUGAGUCCACCUUUGCUCUCUACAAAAAGUAGACGUUUACUGCAAGCUAGCUAGUCAUAGUGGAAGUAUUUACAUCUAAGUGGUAAGAUUGGAUAUAUUUAUGCACCACAUGAUAGAAACAGGAAGAAAUAAAUGGCUUUGACCUUUCAAGCUACUUGAGGUAGCCUAGGUAAGCAGAUAGAAAGUAGUUAAUUGAAUAGCUUAAAUUUGUUUUACUAUCUUCCUAAACCACUCUUUUUAUUAGUCACAUUUUUGUCAGUCACCAUAAACACCCAGAACCAGGAAAAGCAACUGGCCAAAUUAAGCCCACAAGAUUUCAUAUGGCCUGACGAAAAUGUCUCCAUAAAAAGAACAAAAUCGGCCCGUGGCCUAAGGUCAUUGUUGACCCCUGCCCUAAACACUAUUAUUGCACUGUAGCGAAUAACAUGUUUGGAACAUCCAUAUUCAGGGAUCGGACAUCGUAAGUGCAAUAUCAGGGAAGGUUUAAUACAAUGCAUCAACGUUGCUUGUUCCACUCAAUGGGUAUAGUAUAGUAAAUAUGUUGUCCUGAUGAUGUGUUUUCAGGACUAUAGUGCCUUGGAAGGUGUUCCGGCAGGCCCUGCAUGAGUUCCACCCCAUCAGCUCGGGCCUGGAAGCCAUGGCCCUCAAGUCCACCAUCGACCUCGCCUGCAAUGACUACAUCUCCGUCUUCGAGUUCGACAUCUUCACCAGGCUCUUCCAGGUCGGGCCUACACUCACACACACAUGCACACACACACUUGCAUGCAUAGAUGCAAGCACAUACAAACACACUCAAAUGCAUGGUCAAACACACACACACACACACACACACAGCCCCCCUCGUACUACACACCACUGCGACAAUGUACACCAUUUCUCUUGAGAGAUGAGUUGAGAAAAGGGCCUAACAUAACGCCAUUAUUGUGAACGUGUCUGUGUUGUGUAUCUACUGUAGCUCCCAGAUAUAGUCCUCCAUAGUUCCACCACACACCAUUGUACCAUCACACACUAACUCCUAUCUACGGUUUAAAAGUCGGGGGGAAUGGGCCAAACAGUGGCCAUUUUUGUAGCCAAUAGCCUCUUACAGUUGAAAUCGGAAGUUUACAUACACUUAGGUUGGAGUCAUUAAAACUUGUUUUUCAACCACUCCACAAAUGUCUUGUUAACAAACUAUAGUUUUGGAAGGUCGGUUAUUUUCCAACAAUUGUUUACAGACAGAUUAUUUCACUUAUAAUUCACUGUAUCACAAUUCCAGUGGGUCAGAAGUUUACAUACACUAAGUUGACUGUGCCUUUAAACAGCUUGGAAAAUUCCAGAAAAUGAUGUCAUGGCUUUAGAAGCUUCUGAUAGGCUAAUUGACAUCAUUUGAGUCAAUUGGAGGUGUACCUGUGGAUGUAUUUCAAGGCCUACCUUCAAACUCAGUGCCUCUUUGCUUGACAUCAUGGGAAAAUCAAAAGAAAUCAGCCAAGACCUCAGAAAAAAAACUGUAGACCUCCAUAAGUCUGGUUCAUCCUUGGGAGCAAUUUCCAAAAGCCUGAAGGUACCACUUUCAUCUGUACAAACAAUAGUAAGCAAGUAUAAACACCAUGGGACCACGCAGCCGUCAUGCCGCUCAGGAAGGAGACGCUUUCUGUCUCCUAGAGAUGAACUUACUUUAGUGCAAAAGUGCAAAUCAAUCCCAGAACAACAGCAAAGGCCCUUUGAAGAUGCUGGUGGAAACCAGUACAAAAGUAUCUAUAGCCACAGUAAAACAAGUCCUAUAUCAACAUAACCUGAAAGGCUGCUCAGCAAGGAAGAAGCACCUGCUCCAAAACCGCCAUAAAAAAGCCAGACUACGGUUGGCAACUGCACAUGGUGACAAAGUGCACGCAUUUCUAUCUCUAAUACAACCUAAGCUUGAAUCAUUACCAGAGGUUGUAAGGCCCUGGUUUUAAUCAUAAAUGAUUCAAGGUCCACAACCAACAAGAAUGAUCUGUAUUUUUAUUCAUGGAGAGCUCUGGCGCCAAAACCCAUACACUACUGUUUUAUACCCCUUGACACACAAAGGCACUUUGCUCCGCCCACCUUUAGGAGGCUUUCUUAAACAGUUUCCGCAGUCUCCUUCACCCUGGAAUGUUUAGUCCCGCCCCCCUCUGUUAGUGGGUUGCCACUACAUUAUAACUCUUAACACCGUUCACACAUUUAUACUGUAUUUGGGGUGAAAUCCUUUAGUCAUUAUUCUUAAAAUACAAAUUAAUCUAACACAAAGAUCGUACUUUUUGGAGAAAUGUCCUCUGGUCUGAUGAAACAAAAAUAUAACCUUUCGGCCAUAAUGACCUUCGUUAUGUUUGGAGGAAAAAUGGGGUGCCUUGCAAGCCAAAGAACACCAUCCCAACCGUGAAGCACGGGGGUGGCAGCAUCAUGUUGUGGGGAUGCUUUGCUGCAGGAGAGACUGGUGCACUUCACAAAAUAGAUGGCAUCAUGAGGAACUAGAAUUAUGUGGAUAUAUUGAAGCAACAUCUCAAGACAUCAGUCAGGAAGAUAAAGCUUGGUCGCAAAUGGGUCUUCCAAAUGGACAAUGACCCCAAGCAUACGUCUAAAGUUGUGGCAAAAUGGCUUAAGGACAACAAAGUCAAGGUAUUGGAGUUGCCAUCACAAAGCCCUGACCUCAAUCCUAUAGAACAUUUGUGGGCAGAACUGAAAAAGCUUGUGCGAGCAAGGAGGCCUACAAACCUGACUCAUUUACACCAGCUCUGUCAGGAGGAAUGGGCCAAAAUUCACCCAACUUAUUGUGGGAAGCUUGUGGAAGGCUACCCAAAACGUUUGACCCAAGUUAAACAAUUUAAAGGCAAUGCUACCAAAUACUAAUUGAGUGUAUGUAAACUUCUGACCCACUGGGAAUGUGAUGAAAUAAAUAAAAGCUGAAAUAAAUAAUUCUCUCUACAAUUAUUCUGACAUUUCACAUUCUUAAAAUAUAGUGGUGAUCCUAACUGACCUAAGACAGGGAAUUUUGACUAGGAUUAAAAGUGUGAAAAACUGAGUUUAAAUGUAUUUGGCUAAGGUGUAUGUAAACUUCCGACUUCAACUGUACCGUAGCCAUCCUUUCUAACUAUAAAUGACUUUGGCAAAGCGAGACUAUUGUGGCCAUGUGUGUUUCUCUGCUAUUUGGUAUUGCGUGGCAGUUGCCUGCAUCCCUGCCUGCCUGCCUGCCUGCCUGCUGAGAGAGAGAGAGAGGGGGCAAGUGUUUUGAGUUGAGUGGCUGCUUCGCGUGUCUCCAGGCUGAAUAGAGGCAUCUUGCUGCCCCUUGUUGUUGGCAUAAUGCAGUCUCCAACUCUUAAAGAACUCUUGCACUUUACAUCAGUGGUUGUCAACAGUUUUUUGCUUCUGGACCCAUAUUGAACCAGGUUGUCUUAGUCGCAAUCCAAUAUUCGCUUCGUGAUUUUAUUUAUUUUUGCUAAAAUGCAAUCUGGAAUACUGUGUUUUUAUUCUAUAUUGAUAGUAAAUGUGGCAAUUAUAUGACAAGGGAACCUUUUUCAUUGUCAAUAAUUCAAUUUUGCAUAAAUGUUGGUUUGAGACUACAAAAUCAACUAAAUCCUCUAAAUAAAUAAUGAUAUAUUGAAAAUACUAUGAUUGAAGUAAAGUAAUUCAGAUGUUAAAUUAUUUAAAUAUAAAGGUUCAUUAUUAUUUCUACACACUUUCUACCUGGUUUUAGUCAUUUAAGUUCAGACUGGAGUAUAAAAAACAAAACACUCAUGACCCAUUCAAAACCUGGGUCGCUGCUUUACAGGGAGUCAGGGGACUGGAUGAAAUUGGUAAGUGCCUAGGAGAGGAGUGGCGUUUUGGGGCUAAUUCUAUCAAGUCGUUAAGGGGCCACUGUACAGAGAGCGCUUACUGGGCCUGCUGGUCAGCUGUGAGGCACAAACUAUACCACAACAUAACCGUCCUGUCACAAAGGACCUCGGAAUCUGACUAGUUCAUUGGAAAUAUGUCUGCUUUAUUGACGUUUUUGACAUUUUGAUCCAUAAGUGACAAAUCUCUAAUUUAGUUGCAUUGAAACAAGUUCUAGGGCCGGUUUCCCGGACACAGAUUAAGUCUAAUCUUGGACUACUUUCAAUGGAGAUUAAUCUGUGUCCGGGAAACCACCCCCCCCCCCCCACCCACUGCUCUUCUUCACAUACAUAAUGUUUAGUGCUGCUACGCCUGUGUGCAGUAGCCUAAAUGCUAAAAGACCAACAACCAAUGUCCCCCUAAGUAAUUGUCUCAUUAUAGAGAGCUCUAAGAUGCACAAAGCACAAGGUCGUAUUAAUUAGGGCACGCACCGGAAAAUAUUGUAAAAAGUUUUACAACGGAAAUUAGUGUUUCUUAUUGGACAAGUCCAAGUAGUUGCUCCUUGUUUCAGUCCAUUUUCUUCCGUUUGGUGCCUAAUGAAUAUAACCCACGCCACUUGCAUGCCAAUUUCAAAAUGUGAAAGUUAAGGUUUUUAUAAAUGUUCCCCCUUUUAGUCAUCUGUUUCUUUUGUUGUUUCUAAGGGAUGACUAAUAUAUGUUUCCUGAGAGGAAGUGUUCUUCAGUCUGAUUUGAUGGUUUCUUUUUUUCAUUAGGCCCUAGCUAGCUCCCUGGCUUGUGUGAUAGUGAGUGGAAUGGAUGCAGUGCAACCUAGGUGGCUGGCUGGCUGCGAGUCGUGCUGAACAGCUGAAUACAGACUCUUUAUUUGGGUUUUGGGAGCCCUAGAAAUAGCCGCGGCUUGUUUGCAGAGAGCAUUCAUGUUCUUUUGAAGCCCCUGCACAUCAAGGUCAUGCUUCUCAUCAGCAUGUAAAUUAACCUGCAUGAUCGAUAGAUAGUGGAUACACUGCAGUAGGGCACAAUCGGAUGGAAGCAUCAUUUCCAGUUAGUAACACAAGACAGGGUGGUCUGGUUAAAAGUAGUGCACUAUAUGGAAUAGGGUGCCAUUUGUGACAUAUCCAUUUGCUACUAGCUAGCUUCCUUUGUACGAUAGCCAAACUGAUGAUAAAGAUACUGGUAGGAGUAAAUGUAUAAUUAUGACUGUUGUCUGUCAGGGAUGUCUAUCUAUGACUAUGGCUCCUAUGCUAUCUGAUGGUUAGGUUCAGUGCAGUAGUAGAUUUGCUAAUGGCUCAUAUCGGUGAUGCUGCAUGCAUGACAUUUAGCACCUGGUAGUGCUUGAGGUAAAGAGGAACACGUAUGACAAUAGGUGUGAGGUAACGUUCUUUCUGGUCAUAUUGUGACUGAAGCUGAAGUAAAAGCUAAAACAACCGUCUGAUAUAGCCUAGCCUUGACUCAAGGACCGUGUGCUAGGGUUGUGUACAUUUGGCAUAGACUGUGCUAAGAAAAGUGUCCAAAUGUAAUUACUUUCACAGUUACAGCCACAAAUUUAAAAAAUGAUAUCUGAAAAUACAUCUUUAGAAGAGGAAGUGACAGGACGCCAUUUUGGGGUCUGUUGGGUCACCAUACAUGCAUAGCCCAUUGGUUAACUGUGUUGUAGAAGGCUAGGUCUUUGGUCAUUGUGGUUCUGCUUUUAUUUUGCCUCUAAACCAUCAGCAUGAGUUCACUUCACAAUUUAUUUCACAGUUUUUGAAGUGUCAAGAGACCUCACAAACGCACUGGUGUGGAUCCCCCUUUGUACCACUACGUAUGCUAGCUAAUUUGUCAGAGGAAAGCCCUCAAAAUUGUCAAAGACUCCAGCCACCCUAGUCAUAGACUGUUCUCUCUGCUACCGCACGGCAAGCGGUACCGGAGUGCCAAGUCUAGGUCCAAAAGACUUCUCAACAGCUUCUACCCUCAAGCCAUAAGACUCCUGAAUAGCUAAUCAUGGCUACCCAGACUAUUUGCACUGCCCCCCCACCCCAUCCUUUUACGCUGCUGCUACUCUGUUAAUUAUUUAUGCAUAGUCACUUUAACUCUGCCCACAUGUACAUAUUACUUCAACUAUCUCAACUAGCCGGUGCCCCCGCACAUUGACUCUGCACCGGUACCCCGCCGUAUAUAUAGCCUCCCUACUGUUAUCUUAUUUUACUUCUGCUCUUUUUUUCUCAACACUUUUUUUGUUGUUGUUUUAUUUUUACUGUUUUGUUAAAAAUAAGUGCACUGUUGGUUAAGGGCUGUAAGUAAGCAUUUCACUGUAAUGUCUGCACCUGUUGUAUUCGGCGCAUGUGGCCAAUAAAAUUUGAUUUGAUUUGAUUUUAAUUGCUAAGUACAUUUUAAAGGAGUUUGUUGUAGCGCAUUAGCUGCCAUUGCUAGCAGUAGAACACUGGACUAACUCUAUUUCCUCUUUCCUCUUGUCACAAGAUCAGCCAGCUGAAAAUAGUUCCUCAUGGUGUGUCAGUGUACUCUGACAGAGUAACACUAAUUUGAGUCCAGGCAGGCGUAGUGCAUCACAGGGUGAUUUACUCUUCGUACAGUAACUUCUCACUAUCGUUACCACGUUACCAUUCCCUGGGGGCAGCUCUGAUAUGGAGAUAGGGUUGCAUCCCUGGAGAAAGUAAAGGGAGCUGGAAAUCAUGGUUCAUUCGAUUUGUUGCAUUACUCUCCACGUUGUACCACCGUGUUGUACCACUCCUGAGACGACGUGACUCACCCUCUGCUCUGUGUGCCCGUGUGUGUGUAUACAGCCUUGGUCAUCUCUGCUGAGGAACUGGAACAGUCUGGCGGUGACUCACCCUGGCUACAUGGCCUUCCUCACCUACGAUGAGGUCAAGGCCCGGCUGCAGAAGUUCAUCCACAAACCUGGCAGGUCAGUGAGCGAGACUACAUAUGUACACAUAUGCAACACUGACAUGCACACGCGCGCACAAACACACAUAGCAUAUGCACACUGACAGGAGCACACACACACACACAACGCAGCCAAAUACACUUUCUCCGCUAUUGUCAAAGCACUAACACAGUGAGAGAUGGUGAUGUUUAUUAUACACUUUCAUUGAAGUUACCAUCUCAUUAUAACCAUGACUAUACAGUGAGGGAAAAAAAGUAUUUGAUCCCCUGCUGAUUUUGUACGUUUGCCCACUGACAAAGAAAUUAUCAGUCUAUAAUUUUAAUGGUAGGUUUAUUUGAACAGUGAAAGACAGAAUAACAACAAAAAAAUCCAGAAAAACACAUGUCAAAAAUGUUAUAAAUUUAUUUGCAUUUUAAUGAGGGAAAUAAGUAUUUGACCCCCUCUAAAUCAGAAAGAUUUCUGGCUCCCAGGUGUCUUUUAUACAAGUAACGAGCUGAGAUUAGGAGCACACUCUUAAAGGGAGUGCUCCUAAUCUCAGCUUGUUACCUUUAUAAAAAACACCUGUCCACAGAAGCAAUCAAUCAAUCAGAUUCCAAACUCUCCACCAUGGCCAAGACCAAAAAGCUCUCCAAGGAUGUCAGGGACAAGAUUGUAGACCUACACAAGGCUGGAAUGGGCUACAAGACCAACAACAGUUGGUGCGAUUAUUCGCAAAUGGAAGAAACACAAAAGAACUGUCAAUCUCCCUCGACCUGGGGCUCCAUGCAAGAUCUCACCUCGUGGAGUUGCAAUGAUCAUGAAAACGGUGAGGAAUCAGCCCAGAACUACACGGGAGGAUCUUGUCAAUGAUCUCAAGGCAUAGUCACCAAGAAAACAAUUGGUAACACACUACGCCGUGAAGGACUGAAAUCCUGCAGCGCCCACAAGGUCCCCCUGCUCAAGAAAGCACAUAUACAGGCCCGUCUGAAGUUUGCCAAUGAACAUCUGAAUGAUUCAGAGGAGAACUGGGUGAAAGUGUUGUGGUCAGAUGAGACCAAAAUCGAGCUCUUUGGCAUCAACUCAACUCGCCGUGUUUGGAGGAGAAGGAAUGCUGCCUAUGACCCCAAGAACACCAUCCCCACCGUCAAACAUGGAGGUGGAAACAUUAUGCUUUAGGGGUGUUUUUCUGCUAAGGGGACAGGACAACUUCACCGCAUCAAAGGGACGAUGGACGGGGCCAUGUACCGUCAAAUCUUGGGUGAGAACCUCCUUCCCUCAGCCAGGGCACUGAAAAUGGGUCGUGGAUGGGUAUUCCAGCAUGAAAAUGACCCAAAACACACGGUCAAGGCAACAAAGGAGUGGCUCAAGAAGAGGCACAUUAAGGUCCUGGAGUGGCCUAGCCAGUCUCCAGACCUUAAUCCCAUAGAAAAUCUGUGGAGGGAGCUGAAGGUUCGAGUUGCCAAACGUCAGCCUCAAAACCUUAAUGACUUGGAGAAGAUCUGCAAAGAGGAGUGGGACAAAAUCCCCCCUGAGAUGUGUGCAAACCUGGUGGCCAACUACAAGAAACGUCUGACCUCUGUGAUUGCCAACAAGGGUUUUGCCACCAAGUACUAAGUCAUGUUUUGCAGAGGGGUCAAAUACUUAUUUCCCUCAUUAAAAUGCAAAUCAAUUUAUACAAUUUCUGACAUGCGUUUUUCUGGAUUUUUUUGUUGUUAUUCUGUCUCUCACUGUUCAAAUAAACCUACCAUUAAAAUUAUAGACUGAUCAUGUCUUUGUCAGUGGGCAAAUGUACAAAAUCAGCAGGGGAUCAAAUACUUUUUUUCCCUCACUGUGUGUAUAUAUAUAUAUAUAUAUUUAUUUUUUUUACAUUAUGUUAGUCACUGACUUGACAUACUCUCACACUCCAAUACAGCUACUUAGACUACUGUUAAGCACACUGCAUUCUUACGCAGUCUGUCUGUCAUGAGCUUACACACACUAACGAACUGGACCUUACACACACUGGCGAGCACCACCAGCUUGGCUGUCUAACGCACACUUACACAAUGACACAGAAGGCGCCAGUCCGCUCUCACCCCCGGUGUCACGUGCCCCCUGUGGCACAUGGAACAGCAUGGUACCAAGCAUCAAUAGGUGUAUUGUAGAGACUGGGCUGAUGUCAAUACUUGCUCCAACAGAGAGCAAGUGUGUGUCACAACGCAGCAAGUAUUUAGCCUUCAUUCACCUCUUAGGCCUAGAUGACAAAAUUGGUGACGCUUUAUAAUGAUUUUAAUGAAUAAGCAUUACUUAACUAUUUAUGGAUAGUGUAUAUUCAUACUAAUAAUACUUGAGGAUUCUGUGAUGUAUAAAGAUUUACAAGCAUUGCAAGCAUAUAUACUGCAUUGUAAGCGGUGGAUUGGUGGGGGUGUGUAUACACACAAACACUCACACUAUAAGCAAAACAAUUUAUAAGCAUACAGUAUAUUGUUUACAAAGCUUGUAAUGCCUACAAUUGCUUUAUAAAAGGCUUGUUAAUGAAAAUAUAUCCUUUAGUAUUGAACUCAGGACAGAGAAGCUCACCAGGAGUUUGCUUAGGGUGGGGAUGAACUGGGAUUGGGCAUUUUAUUUAGGGUGUUUUCCCUGUUGUCAUUAGUCCUUGGUGUGUGUGUGUGUGUGUGUGUGUGUGUGUGUUCCACAGCUACAUCUUCAGGUUGAGCUGCACGCGGCUGGGCCAGUGGGCCAUCGGCUACGUCACUGCAGAUGGGAACAUCCUGCAGACCAUCCCCCACAACAAGCCCCUCUUCCAGGCCCUCAUCGACGGCUUCCGGGAAGGAUUGUGAGUUCACCAACCUCUCUCUAUCUGUGUCUCUCUCUGUCUCUCUCUCUGUCUGUCUUUCUGUCUGUCUUUCUGUGUCGCCUGUCCGUGUCUCUCUCUCCAGUCUCAACCCAAGAGUUGAUAUUUCUAAAAACAAUGUGGCACACCUGAUUCUACUUAUCAACUUCUUGACAAGGUGAAUGAGGUGUGUUUGUCUGGGGUUUCAACAACAAUGUCUACUGCUGGGGGUACUCGAAGACCGCAGUUGAGAACAACUGUCCUAAAGUAUGCCAGUGUUCAAACUUCUGUUUUGUUUUAUAAACGCUGUGGUAAGCGUCUUCAAACCUGUAAUCAAAUGCUGAAUUAGUCCGUGAAAGGUUUGCUUUGCAAAGAGCCUGAUACAUGUGUUCUAUAAAGCCACUGAAAAGUAUCGCUUAGGUCUCAAGGUUACAUGAAAGACAGAGUCAAAAACAUACAAUAUGGCCGUGCUUUUGAUCCUAUGUGGCAGCCCUGUGUGGCUGUAGUCAGUAGUAGUGCGCUUUAUAUGGGGAAUAGGGUGUCAUUUCAGACACAACCUAUGUGUGUUGGUUGACCCUUGUGAGUGACCAGAGUUCCAUCUCCUCUGUCCAGCUACCUGUUCCCUGACGGGCGCACCCAGAACCCAGACCUCACAGGACUGUGUGAACCCUCGCCACAAGACCAUAUCAAAGUCACACAGGUGGGUCUCUCUCUCUCUCUCUCUCUCUCUCUCUCAUAUAUAUUCAUAACCUUACAGUACAUACUGCACUUCCUGAAUUUUGGGUCCUGUUCAGUAGAGAAAAAGUUUUGAAACUGAGUGAAACAGGGUACUAUCUGAACUUGUCCAGUAGGAAAUUAUCAUUCAUUUUCUGUUUCAAAAUGUUUUGCUAUGGUGUGCCCUACUGAACAUGACCCUGGUUCCUUUUAUUUGCCAUAUACAGUAAGAACCAAACUCAACUAAGGGUGCUUUAAUGUGCUCUAUUUGUGUGUUAUCCUGCGCUCAUGGAGGUCUGCUGAAGUCCCAUGGCUGACUGUAUGUAUCUCUGUGUGUAUGUCCUCAGGAGCAAUAUGAGCUGUACUGUGAGAUGGGCUCCACCUUCCAGCUGUGUAAGAUCUGUGCGGAGAACGACAAGGACGUGAAGAUCGAGCCCUGCGGUCACCUCAUGUGUACCUCCUGUCUCACCGCCUGGCAGGUACUGUACACCUAGUCUCUCUCACACUGCUGGGUAGGGCGGGUGUGUGGGUGGGUCAGUGGGUGGGUCAGUGGGCAGAAGUGUGUAUGUGGGUGCAUGCAUGUGCAUCCUCAUAUAGACAUGAAUUUCCAUAAUAUCUCUCUCUCUCUCUGUCUCUCUGUCUCUCUGUCUCUCUGUCUCUCUCUCUCUCUCUCUCUCAUUUUCUUCUCCUUCAGGAGUCGGAGGGUCAGGGCUGCCCGUUCUGCCGCUGUGAGAUCAAGGGCACGGAGCCCAUCGUAGUUGACCCCUUUGACCCCAAGGACCCCAUAGGGGGCUCCUACGGGGGCUGCAGGGGCCUGUUCGGUGCGGAGGGCGCCCCCUCGCCCAGCUACGACGAUGACGACGACGACCGGCUGGAAGACCCCCACCUCAUGAUGAGCAAGCUGGCCUGUUCCAAGGUGAACGCCGUCUAGCUGGGGCCUAAAGCUGAUAUGGAGCCCUCUUCUCUAUAGCUCCGGGGUGAAGUUUCCUCUAGGUACAGGUCUAGGAUCAGCUUCCCCUCCCCCAAUCUUAACCUUAACAUUAGUGGGGAAAAUGCAAAACUGACCCAAGAUCAGUGUCUAGGGACAACUUUACAUUACUCUUCCUCGAUCCCUGGGCCACGCUCAGCAAGGCACAACAUUGUGGAACGUUCAGAUAGAUUCAGUCACAAAUAAUGUUUUUUUCUCAAGGUUUGCCUACUGAAUGUGGGCAUAUAGCCUACUGUAAUCCUUGUGGACUAUAGUUGUGCACCCCUGCUGUAAACUGAACUGUUCUGAGGAACUCUUCCUCUCUCUUUAUCGCACCUUCAGAGUGUAAGAUCACAUAGCUUUCAUCUUUGACUUCUAAGGUCAGGUUCUUCCAGGUGUUUGAUGUGCAGGACCAUUUUUCUCCUGUUGUGAGCCAACAUCUUUCAGCUGUCUGUUUGUAACACGUCAGAACUCAGCCAGUGGAGUAAGCUUGAAUAGAUGAAUACUUUGAGAGUGAGACUACACACAGUUUUGAUGUGAUGGGAAAUGUUUUCUCUGGUAUUGAAGAGUAAGUGUGCAGUGAAAAGUUUCCAGAACUCUCUUCCUGAGCUGUGGGGUGAUGUUGGUGCGUUGCAGGUGGAGCGGCCCCCCUCGCCCAUGUCCCUGGCACCCCAGUCCUCCCUGCCCCCCGUGCCCCCCCGCCUUGACCUCCUGCAGCACCGACCCACCAACCCCCCAGGAGCAUCCAGCCCAGGGGCCGCAUCCAAGGCAAGCUCUCUGCUCAUUCACAGUCUAACAGCAAUAGACAAAUCGGAAUGUCAUAAGUUGAAAUGUGUGAGAGAGGGGCCUAUUUAGCCGCUGUUGGAGGACAGUGGAGGUUGAAUAGAAACACACAAAUAAUAAUUCAUGUUUUGUAUAGCAGAAACCAAAAACCUUUGUUUAAAAACCAAAGUAUUUUUGGCAUUACUGCUGUUAAUUAAUGUGCUUCCGUGAUAAGUUGACAAAUACUCCUAUGAAGUAGGCUACUUCCUCCUUUGAAAACAGAUUAAAUUGAUUGUCCUCAUGGUCUGUAAUUGUGCUCUCCUUUCCCAUAGGCGUCCUCCCACCACAAGGACAAGCCUCUCCCCCUGCCUCCAGCCCUGAGGAACCUGCCGCCCCCUCCUCCCACAGACAGACCUCUCUCUGCCGGGCCUGACGGAUGGCUCGGCAGACGGCCCCUACCUUGCACCCCCCUGGGGGAGCCCAAGCUGCCCCCGGCCCCGCCCAACCGCAACCUGGCCGACUGGAACCCCAGGCCAGUGCCCAAGGCCCCCGGACAGCCACCCAGUGUGGGAGACACGCGGGGGGUCCGGGAGCUCUCCAACAGACACUCCCUCCCCCUGGCCCUACCCUCAGCCCUAGACGGAUGCACAGACGGACAGAGGAACAACAGCUCGCUCAGUCUGGACCAUCAGCUGGUGACGGGAGCCAAGGUCUAAUACUAGCUUCUAUUAGAGCAGUUGAUGAAAUGUGCUUUCACAGACAUGGAUUUAACCUAUACCAAGACUGCAUACAAUUGUAUGGGGAUCACAAAUGGGUAUUUACAGAAAUAGGACUUUGUGUGUAUUGUCUGUCUUCUAUGUUCCUCCCCAGAGUUUUGGAGGCACGGCUUCUGGCAGUCAGGAGUAUGACAACCCCAAAGUGAAGCCUUCAGUCUCGGCCAAUGCCAUCUAUGCUCUGGCAACAAGGUACAGUACAGUACACACUCCUCUCCCUGCUGUGUGAAUGUGUUUUAUGAUGUAUAGGGCCAGGAGUUUUUUCGGACCAAGUGACUAUACCCAGAAAAACUCUGUCCUAGGUAUAGCCUAUACUCAGAACCCAGCGUUUUCCCUGAUCAGGUACCAAAAUCUCCUGGCCCUGGUUAUAUUAACUGUCCCCCUCUCUCUCCCUGCGUUGUCAGACCCCAUCCAGGUCUGAAGCCUGUGGCUGGGGAGGAGGCUUAUGAGAGUGACGACGAGUCCGACUACAUGAUCCCCACCUCUCGGCCUGUCCUGGCCCCCAUGGCAGUCCCCCUUGUGGUGGCAGAGACCCCAGUCCCCAAACCCCCCCAGCCUACCUCUCUCAACUCAUGGUAAGCACCCUCUGCUAUAAGGCAGAAUACCCUCUAAUUGAGAAACACUUCAUUGAAAAGUGUCACUGUAAGUGAAUUGAUCAUGCUGAUUAUAUUGUAGGGGUACUGUGUACAUCUUCAAUGAUGUAUUUUCUUAUUCUGACAAUUGAUUGCAUGUCAAUAGUAAAAAACACAAGUAGAAAAAUAAUUUUAAAAAUCUGGUCAUGUCCUAUUAGUCUCUCUCCCCUUCCUGUGUUUGGUAGGCCCAUGCUGAAUGACCUGGAUGAAGGACCUCAAAUGUAUGAAGCCAUGUAUAACAUCCAGGCCCAGGCCCUCACCGCCUCCUUGUCUCACCUGGCCAGAGACUCGGGUACUGCCCUACCACGACACUAUGGCUGCGUGCCAAAUGGCACCCUGUUCACUACGUAGUUCACUGCUUUUGACCAGUACUUUGUGGCCAACUCUCUGUUCUCAACCCUAUCUGCUUCUGCUUAUUAUAAACACACAUGCAGUAUACCCCAUCUUUGCUAGUUCAGCACUCCAUCUCUAUUCUCAUUUUAGCCCACCAUCUAGCCCACUCUAUUCUAUCCCACUGUAUUCUAUUAUAGCCCACUCUAUUCUAUCCCACUGUAUUCUAUUCUAUCCCACUCUAUUCUAUUAUAGCCCACACUAUUCGAUUCCAUUCUAUUCGGAGAGAUUAAAAUGCCAUUGUUUCAAUUCACCCUUCUGACCCCACUGUCAAUCCCUCCGUUCCCCAGAUUACUCUGAGCUGCCCCCCCUGGCCAGUACCAAUGGCCCCAUCUGGGAGGUCCCCUGCCCAGUCCGGGAGCCCCCCUGCCCAGUCCGGGAGCCCCCAUGCCCAGUCCGGGAGCCCCCUGAGGAGGUAGAAGAGGAGAAUGGCUACGACAUCCCCAAACCAGUGUUGCCCGUGGCCCCGGCCCGACACACCCUGUCCGAGCUGGGGGCCGCCGCCUUAAGCCAUCUCUUCAUGGACAGCAAGCCCGGAGCGUCCGCCUGUAAGGCCCCCAACAACUCAGAGCCGGUGAUAUAGUUAAUUUGUAGGGUCAAAAGUUUGAAAAGGGGGUAGUUAAACAGCCGCAUGUGGCUUCAGAGGCACGUGUUUCAGAACCCUAUAGUUAAUUUGUAGGGCGGGGAGGUUUUCCUGACCUGAUCUGACCAGGGAACACUGGGCCCAAGGUCGUUUAUUUGAUAGAGAAUAUGUACGACAAACGGUGCACCAGAUUUGAGUUAAAUAAAUAACUAAUUCUCAUCUGCAGUUGUAAGAUAUAGGCUGUUACUAGAGCCCAGAGUUUUUCCGGCCCAGUCUCGAACGGUUGAACAACCCUGGGUAUUUAACAAGAUUGUCCCUGGUAUUGUAUUCCUAUAUUUAUAAAUGUUAUCUCAAAGAGCACCCUUAUGCUGUCUUCAAGACUUACGAUUGCGAAUCAAGAUUUGGGCAGGAGUACUGAAUUGUAAUGUGGAUGCUGCUUGUUGUUCUGUGGUUUGUGGUGUGAAUGCUGUUCUAUUCUCCUCCCUGUUCUUCUAGCCUUCUCAGAGUCCAGCGACGCCCCAGAGCGGCCUCCCAAGCCCCUCCCCCGCCGCAUCAACUCAGAGCACCGGCCCAGCCCCAUACCUCCUGGAUUAGGCACCGGAGGAGGUGGAUAUGGUGGAGGAGGGUCAGAAGGCGGUGGAGGAGUAGCCAACCCCAAGAUCACCAGCGAGAUCGAGCAUCUCAUGAGCCAAGGCUACACCUACCAAGACAUCCAGAAAGCCCUGAUGAUUGCACAGAACAAUAUGGAGAUGGCCAAGAAUAUCCUGCGCGAGUUUGUCUCCAUUCACUCCACGGCUCACAUUCUUACAUAG